AGGGGAGUGUUUCGUCACCACCGACGUUGCGUAAUAACAUUUAAGCUAUAAAUAUAAACGCUUAGAAGCGCAACUAAGCUUGUUGCAUUGUAAAAAUGAGUAAGAUGGCGAGUAGGUUGGUGGCGCGUGUUAUUCCUGUGUGGAAGUGUGUUCCUCGGCUAUCACAUUGUUCACGUAGAAAUGUACUUCAUCGCUGCUCUUCGCCUGGCCAUAUUAGACACUGUUCUGGUCGAAGAUGGGGUGAACCGUUUUCUGAACUUUCUUCUGUAAUUCGUUCUAUGGAAAGACAGAUUCAAGAAGUCGAUAGAGAAAUGAAACGUAUGUUCGACGAAGUUGACCGGGCAAGUCCCAUACGAUUUCCUCGGGCACUUCAACCGUGGUGGUGGUCACGAAGACGUAAUGUGCCCGUAGAAACUGCCGGCGACGAGAAUCGUCAAUACAAGCUAGAACUUGAUCUAUCUGAUUUUAACCCAGAAGAAAUUAAAAUUACUGUUAAAGAUAACCUGCUAACUGUUCAAGCUCGUCAAGAUGUCAAAAAACCUGAUGGAUCUCGCUUUCUACGAGAGUACAAUCACGAGUACACCUUACCAGAAGAAGUUAAUCCCGAGGCUGUACGUUCUCAAUUAAACCCAGACGGUACGUUAAUUAUUGAAGCACCUUUGCCCGCUAUUGAGCUACAGCAACCAAAAGAAAUUCCGGUAACUAAAGAACAUUCGCAAGAUAAUAAAAAGGAAGAGGCCUCAUGAUUGCCAUCGGUAUUGUGCUGUGAUUUUGUAGAAAGUAUAAUAUGAAGCUAUUUCCGUGGGCAAAAUAAACAAUAUAGUGUACAAGCAUUUAUUAUUAGUAACAUUUUAAGUAAUUUCUUGUUUUACCUUAAUCUAGUUUAAAAGUUAAAAUAAUACGAGACCGUCUGUAAUAUUACUACUUUUAUUAACAUUUAGUGUUACAAAGAGAAAACUUUGAUAUAAUAAUUACUAUUGAAGAAGACUAAUUAUAUUUCAAUGUAUAUUAUUGUAUGCUCCCUGAUAGCGUUUAUAAUUUGCAUAUAAACAUAUUUGCGUAUUAAUUUUUUUUAACUUGGAAAAAUUAAGUUUGUGAGUUAAUCCAAAAAAAAUAUUGUAAUGAUUAUUACUUCGCAGGUCUUUUAGCAUACUGUAGCAAUCUCUGUUUUCUGGCGACGUUAAAUUUUCUUGCACCUUAAAAUGUGUAUAAAUACGUCGCAAAUCUUAAUAUGUGUUUAGAAGAAGUCUUGAACUUUUUAUUUAGCCGUAUUAUUUAGUAUUACUAGUUGUUAUUAAGGAACUUCAAUGUUCUUUAUUUGCCCUAAAGUUCAAUCCUUUGCUUAGUAAAUUGAAAACUAUUUGAUACACUUAGAACAAAAUGAUAUCAUUAUUACUUUAGCUAAUGUCAAUUUUUUUCUUUUGUAUUGUGAUAAUAAAGUAUCGUUUAAAAUGUAUAUUAUGCGACUUAUUGUCAGAUUCUUAAUUGGUAGUAGUAUAAAACUUUUUAUUGUUAGAAGUAUUUCAUCAGAUGUAGUCCAUAGACUACAUAGUCCCCCCCCCCCCUGGGUAUUUUUAUGUCUUAUAAGAGACUGUAGAAUGAGAAUAUAGAUGUUAACAGUAAGAAUUUUGGGCUGUAUUACCUACCUUUCUUGUUUUAAUAACGAUAGGAGAGGUCAUGUCGCUUCAGACAUUUUUUGUGUGACUAAAU